AUGAGGAUGCAGCCCUUGGUGAGAUUUGAAGGGUGCACUGGUCGGCCAAGGACAGUUUACUUUUCUGAAGACUCCCGAUUCAACGUGGCUACAGAUGGUGUUAUCACGGUCAAGAGGCCUUUCAAGCUUCAUAAACUGGAGACCAGCUUUAACGUCCAUGCCUGGGACUCUACUCACAGGAAGCUUUCCACCAGGGUGACGUUGAAGUCCAUGGGGCACCACCACCAGCACCGGCACCACCACCAUGACCCUGUCUCUGGAUCCCAGCCAGAAGUGCUCAUGUUUCGCAGCUCUCACCAGGGUCCCAGGAGACAGAAGCGAGACUGGGUCAUCCCUCCCAUCAGCUGCCCAGAAAACGAGAAGGGCGACUUCCCUAAAAAGCUGGUUCAGAUCAAAUCCAACAGGGACAAAGAGACGAAGGUUUUCUACAGCAUCACCGGCCCAGGGGCCGACAGACCCCCUGUUGGCGUGUUUAUCAUUGAGAGGGAAUCGGGCUGGCUGAAAGUGACUAAGCCUCUGGAUAGAGAAGACAUUCCCAAGUACAUGCUUUUUUCUCAUGCUGUGUCAUCAAAUGGGGAAGCAGUGGAGGAUCCCAUGGAGAUUGUGAUCACAGUGACAGAUCAGAAUGACAACAGACCUGUGUUCGUCCAGGAGGUCUUUGAGGGAUCUGUUGCAGAAGGCGCCCUUCCAGGAACCUCUGUGAUGCAGGUCUCAGCCACUGAUGCGGACGACGAUGUAAACACCUACAAUGCCGCCAUCGCCUACACCAUCAUUAGCCAAGACCCUGAGCUGCCUCACAAAAAUAUGUUCACUGUCAACAAGGACACAGGAGUCAUCAGUGUGGUCACCUCCGGGCUGGAUCGAGAGGUAGGGCAGGGCUCAGGGCAGUGGCAGGGAGAGUUGGAGGCAAAUGUAUACUAAA